UAUUUAGAUUUAAUGUAAAUGAACAAAUAUAUCAUAAUAAGUAGUCAAUUAAAUGGUCCUACAAUGACUUAUUAACAGUAGAUAAAAUAUAAGACUCUAAAUUAAUAGAUUAGUUAGACUAAAUUAUAAAAUUUAUAAAAUAGCAUAGAGUUUUUAUUUUCUUUAGUUUUAUGAUAAAAUUUAAUUAGUAUUAAUUUAUAAUAAGAUUUCAAUACUAAUUAUGAAACUAUAAUGCAAUAUUUUAUUUAAAAAAUUAAACUUUUGGUAGGAUUUUAUUAGAUUCUUUUUCAAUAGAUUUUGUUAUAACUAAAAAUAAAAUCCAAAUUUCUAAUUAAAAUUGAUGUAUUAUUAUAUCUUUAUUGGUUAUUAAGAUUUAAUGUAAAUAAUCAAAUAUGUUAUAUUAAGCAGUCAAUUAAAUGGUUCUACAAUAACUUGUCAAUAGUAAAUAAAAUAUAGGAUUCUAAAUUAAUAGAUUAGAUUAUUUGGUCCUUUAAGUUGAAUAAAAAAAAUGGCAAAACCAAAAAAAAUGUUUUUCUUUCCUCGGGGGAAAAAAGUUAUAAAAGCAGAGCCUAAAUCAACUUAUCAUAAGUACAACUGUACAAACACACAUCUUUCUAUCUUCUUAUUCUUCUUCUCCUCAGAUCUCAAACUCUUACAUUUCGUUUCACUUUUCAAACGACAAAAGACCAAUAGCAUGGGUCAUGAAUGUAUCGAUGCAUCCAAGAAGUGCAAAUUUAGUGACGAUGUCAAAAGUGGAGUGACUGAGAUUGUUCUUGUUCGCCAUGGAGAAACCACUUGGAAUGCUGCCGGAAGAAUCCAGGGACAAAUGGAGUCAGAUCUUAACGAAAUUGGACAAAAGCAGGCUGUUGCAAUCGCUGAUAGAUUGGGGAAAGAAGAGAGAUCCGUAGCUGUGUAUUCAUCAGACCUCAAGCGAGCCAAGGAUACUGCUCUGAUGAUAGCAGAAACAUGUUUUUGUUCAGAGGUGAUUGAAAUACCUGACUUAAAGGAGAGGCAUGUGGGUAGUCUUCAAGGACUGUACUGGAAAGAAGGAGCAGAGAAAGAACCUGAAGCUUACUCUGCUUUCUUUUCUUCUCAAAAUCAUCUCGAGAUUCCUGGAGGAGGAGAGAGCUUUGACCAACUCUGUGAGAGAUCCAUGAAUGCGCUUGAGCAAAUUGCCAAGAAGCACAAAGGAGAGAGAGUGAUAGUGGUGACUCAUGGAGGAGUGUUGAGGGCAAUUUAUUUGAUGAUCACAAAAGCUUCAUCCGCCGGAAAACUACUUAAUGCUUCGGUGAAUGUUGUUCACUACCGUGAGGAGAAAUGGAUCAUUGAUUCAUGGAGCGAUGUUUCUCAUCUCUCUUCCGUUGGAUUUCUCCAACGUGGUUUUGAUGGAGACUCCAAGCCCUAGAAAACUAUCCUCUUCCCUAUUGUUUCUGACAAUCGAGAAAGGUCUUCUAUCCAUUUUAUAAUGUGCUUCUUUGAUGUUUUCUGAUUGUCUUUUUUUUUUCCUUUGCUAAGAUGUAUUUCCGAUUAUGAGAUCGAUGUCUUUCUAUAAAAGUUUAAUUUCUUGUAAUUUCCAAUAAUCGAUUGAUAAAGAUCUUCAAAUU